AAAGGUUGUUCCUUAUCGGACCAAUGGAAGUGAGUGCCUGGACGGUUGGCUCCAAUGGCCCUACCGAGAUGUGAUUCCGGAGAUUAACGAUGGAUACACGAGCGGCAAGUCGGGAUGGGGUAUUCUGGGCAAGAAGGCUAGGUAAAGAAAUGGCGACUGAGGAAGGGAUCGAUGACCAGCAGAGCGGAGGGAAUCAGGGCACGAAUGGGGAUGGGGAACGAAACGGGGGAUCAGCCAGGGAUCGAGAGUCAGCCAAACUGGAAGGAACCCGAGAAGACGGAAAGGACGCCUCAAUUGGAGAAAGCUCGGGGAAAGCCGGGGGUAGCAAAAGGGGACCUCAGGAAAACAGGGAAGGGGGAAACGAUAUGAGAACAAGCCCUUGGAACUCAGCAGGAGCCACCCCUAAAAAGACAAAAGUCUCGGAUGCCAGUCGUAAAUUGGCAGAAAUAGAAAAGCAGACUGCAGAAUUUAAGGCAAGGCUUAUCGAGCAGAUGAUGGCCGAGGAUGAGGAGGACCCACAGGGCGCAGGGUAUCGUGAGGGACGCAGGAUCGGUCAGGACGAGGCCAGGUAUGAGGGGAAGGAUAAUAGUCACAAAGGAACGCCUAGUAAGAAGGGGAAGGACAAGAACGACCCCCCGGCGGAGGGGACGGAAAACGCCAUGACCCCGCCUGCCAUCGACAGCAGCACUAGCCGAUUGCCAGCCACGCCGAAAGUAACAGGGGCGUGCGACGGACUCUGGAGCCUUAGGGAAAGGGUGCUAGGAUGGUUUGACCCAGAAGGAACGCCGAAAACCAGGGAGAAGCAGAGGGAAAGCAAGGAAGAGGAAGAGACCAGUGCAACUGGAAAAGCGGGUAGCUCCGAAGGUGGUCUCAAGAGGAUAGUCACCACCCUCACCCGGGCACUAAACAAGAAUCAGGGAUACCUCGCAGAUGCAAAGAAGAAACUCACGUUCGAUGGGGCAAACAUUACGGAGUUUCUGAUAGACUAUGAGAACCUAGCAGCCUUACUAAAAUGGACGGAAGAGGAAAAGAUGGAGCACCUAGGGCAGCACGUGUCGCUAAGCUUGGGAAGGGACAUUAUGACCAUCGUCGCGUCCACUGGAUCCUGGAAAGAAACCAGGAACGAGAUGAUGAGGAAAUACCUGAAGGCAGAGAAAAUGGCAACGGAGGCCGAAUUAGCAGCAGUCCAGAGGAAAAACUAUGCGACCUACAACGAUUUUCUAAGGGCGUUUAUGUUAGUUGCUCUGCGAAUUCCCGGGGCCAAUUUUAUCCUAGAAGGCAAUGGCCAGGAUAGGGUAAAUAUCACCACUCACCGAGCCGGCGCAGAAAAGAAGCUUAUUCAAGAUACAGUAAUGGAAGAACUCGCAGGGACUAGCACGGGCCAGCAAGAGACCGAAACCGGGGAACAAGAGAAGGUCUAUGGGAAGCCAAGGGAGGACGAACCGGUAGACAAGGCUAUGGCGGCAAAAAAGAAGUUCAGGUAUCAAAUUUCGAUCCUGACUUCGCUAGAAAUCGAUGGCACCUUGAGUAAGCUACUGGGUACCAUGGUGUCGGUGUCUUUUCAGACCAUGCUGCAAGCCAGCCCGAGGCUGCUUAAAGGACUCAGGCAGUUGCUAACGCGUAAGCUCGUAGAGGUAGAGGAGGCCCCGGAACUGCAAGAGCAGGACACGGAAGAGGCCGAGGGGCCGCAAGGGGUCUCCAACCUCCAAAGCAUUCUAGGGGGCCUGGGAGAUUUGGAAAAAGCCUUUGCGGACAUCCGCCUAAGCCUACCGGAUCGUGAAGGUGGCGAAGUUAUGAGGGCGCCACCCGGGACAAAGCUUAGCUUUCAUGCAUUACCAGUUGGGAAACUUAAAGUUCAAAUCGAAACUCACCACACUGACGCGUUAGUGGACGGCGGAGCAGAAAUCACCCUCAUACGACGAGAUUUCGCAACGGUCAUGGGGUGACCCGCAUAUGAGUUUGGGAUAGCAGCGGAGGUCACCGACCUGCUUAGAGCCAAGAUAGAUUCCUUUGUGGCUGAACCCACCGCAUCCCCCUACGCGAACAAGUGGUUCGUCUUCAGGAAGCCCAAUAAGACGCUCAGGUGGAUCCAGGACCUGCAGAAGCUAAAUGCGGUAACAAUUAGGGACACAGACUCGCUUCCACAGGCCGACUUAUUGGCAGAAUCUCAUGUAGGGCGGAGCAUUUACUCCCCGGUAGACUUGUACUCAGGAUAUKAUCAGUUACCGCUCGACGCGAGGGAUAGACCGUAUACCACAACGCACACCCCCGUAGGACAGCUGCAGAUGCAAGUGACCCCUAUGGGCUUCACAAAUGCGGUAGCAGAGGCACAGAGGAGGAUGCUCGCCGUUGCAGGGGAUAUGUUUCCGGAAAAGUGUGAACCUUAUAUAGAUGAUAACCCUGUAAAAGGUGCAAGAUACAAGGACGAGGCGGAGGUCCAACCGGGCAUACGAAAGUUUGUUUGGGAUCACUUGCAGGAUAUUAAGGACCUGCUCCAGCGAUUCCUAGUUUACAAUAUUACUGCAAGCGGACCCAAGAGCAUCCUGGCUGUCCCGGAGAUAACUAUACUGGGAUUCCGCUGUGGGGCCUAUGGGAGGAGACCCGACCCAGCAAAGACAGAUAAGAUCUCUCAGUGGUCGACACCCCUGCGUACCACAACGGAAGUACGAGCCUUCCUAGGGGUGGUUGGAUUAUGGAGGAUCUUCAUCAAAGGUUUCGCAAAGAUAGCAGAACCUAUCCUCGCGAUGAUUAGGGAAGGUGGCACUAUGGAUUGGACCGAGAAUAGGGAAGAGGCAGCCCAGACCCUGAAAGACAUCUUGUCAUCCGAUCAAGUCACUCUAGCAGCACCCUGUUUCAAUGACGAGGUAGGACGGCCCUUCAUCUUAGAAACAGAUGGGGGACCGCUGGCAGUUGGAGGAGUAUUGAUACAGAGAAGCGAGGAGGGCAAGGAAAGGCCAAUCAGAUUUGAAAGCAUACCUGUUCGGAAGGCGAUUCAUCUUAAGGAUCGAUCCCACCAAUGUUGCCGGGCACUGAAGAAUUACAAGCCUAUAGAUCCAACCGUCGGCACAUGGAUAAGCUUCAUAUGGCAGUUUGACUACAAGGUCGAGCGGAUCGCGGGGCUUCGAAACAGGGCGGAUGGGCUGAGUAGGGUAUGCAUCACGCCAGAGGGAAUAGAGAACACGGAACCAAUUGACGCCUUCCUAGAUUACGAAGGGGGGGCCCUUGUUGUGAAUAACGAAAUGGCCGACCCAAUGCUUACAACAGGCCAGCUGUUGAUCCAGACCUUGGAAAAGGGCACGCCUGCAGUAGUUGCAGAACUCAGGGAAGGACCAGUCACCACAGUGAGGCGCAAAGAGGAAAAUGACUCGUGGGGAGCAGAAGUUGGGGCUAGGGAGGAACCGAUGGCAAUGACCGUGGAAGGGGGACGGGACGCCAUGAUGACGUUGGCCAAAGCCUGGGCACAGAAGGAGUGUCAAUACCUAGUCAACCUCACUUGGGAGGAGCAAGGUACGGAUCAGAAGGAACAAGAGUUCUUCCUCAUACAUAUGUACGAGGGCGUCUUCAAAUAAAUCGGUCUGCUGCUUGUAGGGAACAAACAACCCACGGAAGU